AGUAGCAAGAGCAAAAUCAACUUGAGCACCGGGAACCAACCAAUAAGAUCCCAGACAUAGGCUUCCAUUUAUAAGCCCAUCGCGCCUGCGCAAAGAGAUUUGCUCCAGGGGGAGCUCCCUUGAGCUAGUCCCGGAGCACUAUAGAUCCCAAUAUGUGCUUCUCUGCCUUGUCUUCUUCCCUUCUCCAUUCGCGUCAUAUGAUGGGAUUCACGGACUUCCCCCAAACUGUGACCUUUAAGUUCACGUUAGAGAGGCGCCGAACUUCAGUAGAGGAACUAAUGGACUCCAUAUUCCGUCAGGCUAUGAGGCCCUUGCGCCUGCGCAGAAUCCCAGAGAGGCGGGAAAGGAGCGAAGCGGGGUCAAUGAGGCGACUCUGUGGAAAGUCAGUAGAGGCGCCAGUGCAGCGAAGAGUGCAUGGGGCACCCCGCGGCCUAGAUGUCCUGCGGAGUCUGAGAGUUAGUAGAUUCAUCCUGCUCGGCUCGGAGCCGGAGAAGCCCACCUGUGCCUGUCGUCAUGUUGGUGCUUCUGGCGAAGCUGUCCAGCCCCGCACGUCAGUGCUUACAUGCUCUAAAAAUAAUCAAGAAGGAUUGUCUGCUAUGUCCUGCUGCUGCAAGAUGGGCUUCAGCUUCUGCGGUACCUCGUAUUACCACACACUAUACAGUCUGUCCUCGGGAAAAAGACAGUCGAUGGGAAGGAGUGAACAUGGAGAGAUUUGCAGAAGAAGCUGAUGUAGUAAUAGUUGGUGGAGGCCCCGCUGGUCUCUCUGCAGCUAUUCGUCUAAAACAGUUGGCUGCUAAACAUGAAAAAGAAAUUCGAGUAUGUCUAGUGGAGAAAGCUGCUCAGAUAGGAGCCCAUACUCUCUCUGGUGCUUGUCUUGAACCAUCUGCUUUUGAAGAACUCUUCCCAGACUGGAAAGAGAAAGGGGCUCCACUCACCACUCCUGUAACAGAAGAUAAAUUUGGAAUUUUAACCGAGAAAUUUAGAAUUCCUGUGCCAAUACUUCCAGGUCUUCCAAUGAAUAAUCAUGGAAAUUAUAUUGUGCGCUUAGGCCAUUUGGUUAAUUGGAUGGGACAGCAAGCAGAAGAGCUUGGUGUUGAAGUAUACCCAGGGUAUGCAGCUGCAGAGGUCCUAUAUCAUGAAGAUGGCAGUGUAAAAGGAAUUGCUACUAAUGAUGUAGGCAUACAGAAGGAUGGAGCACCAAAGGACACAUUUGAAAGAGGACUAGAGCUACAUGCCAAAGUGACCAUUUUUAGCGAAGGUUGUCACGGACAUCUUGCCAAGCAGCUGUAUAAGAAGUUUAAUUUGAGGACCAAUUGUGAACCCCAGACCUAUGGUAUUGGGCUAAAGGAGUUAUGGAUUAUUGACAAAAAGAAUUGGAAACCAGGAAAAGUAGAACACACAGUUGGUUGGCCCUUGGAUAGACAUACUUACGGAGGGUCUUUCCUCUACCAUUUGAAUGAGAGUGAACCAAUGGUAGCUCUUGGUUUUGUGGUUGGUUUAGAUUAUCAAAAUCCAUACCUAAGCCCUUUUAGAGAGUUUCAGAGGUGGAAACACCAUCCUAGCAUUCAGCCAACCCUGGAAGGUGGGAAAAGGAUUGCCUAUGGAGCCCGAGCUCUCAAUGAAGGUGGCCUUCAGUCUAUACCAAAACUUACCUUCCCUGGUGGAGUGCUAAUUGGUUGUAGUCCUGGUUUUAUGAAUGUUCCUAAGAUCAAAGGUACCCACACUGCAAUGAAAAGUGGCAUUUUGGCUGCAGAAUCCAUUUUCAGCAAACUAACCAGUGAGAAUCUCCAGUCAGAAACACUGGGACUCCAUGUGCCUGAGUAUGAGGACAGUUUGAAGAAAUCAUGGGUGUGGAAGGAACUUUAUGCUGUUCGAAACAUCAGGCCUGCCUGCCACUCACCAUUGGGUUUGUAUGGAGGGAUGAUUUACACUGGAUUGUUUUACUGGAUAUUGAGAGGAAUGGAACCAUGGACAUUGAAACAUAAAGGUGCUGACUGUGAUCAACUAAAGCCAGCUAAGGAUUGUAGACCUAUUGAGUACCCAAAACCUGAUGGACAGAUCAGUUUUGACCUCCUCUCCUCAGUGGCUCUUAGUGGUACUAAUCAUGAAGAGAACCAGCCACCACACUUAACACUGAAGGAUGACAGCUUACCUGUGGAUAGGAAUUUGGUGAUAUAUAGUGGGCCAGAACAACGAUUCUGUCCUGCAGGAGUUUAUGAAUUUGUUCCUUUGGAAAAGAGUGUUGGAUUUCGAUUACAGAUAAAUUCUCAGAACUGUGUCCAUUGCAAAACAUGUGAUAUUAAAGAUCCAAGUCAGAAUAUUAACUGGGUGGUACCAGAAGGUGGUGGAGGACCUGCUUACAAUGGAAUGUAAUGUUAAUCUCACUUAAUUUCAUUUAUUGGUGGUUUGCUUGAUGGGUAGUUCCCUAACAUUUCAUAGUAAACAUAGCUUUAAGUUAUUUUUUUUUAAAUACUUAGGAAAUUACCCUGCAGCCUGCUAUUAAUGAGAUUGAGCUUCCCAUGAAGUUAAAAGCAUUACUCUAUAGACCUAAAAUAAUUUUUUUUUUACAAAUUAAAGAGAAUCAAAGAAGAAAAGAGAGAGAAAUGGGACAUUAUGAGAGGAGGAAGGGGGACACACUAUGAGUUGAAGAAAAGCAGAAGGGGCUGUAACGGGGUUCAUUUAUAGAAGUAGGUGACGUGUGCAAUUCCUUCCCACUUAGACCUGUUUAAUUCUUCAGACAAAUGCCAUAGGUCAAUUGUACUAUCAUGUAUGAAGUUGACUAGCUGUCAAUGAGUCACACUUUUUUUAUGGGUGAAUAACUUGGGGGAUUUGAAGCCUGAAAACCAAUAUAUCAUCAUCAUCAUCAUCAUCAUCAUUAUUAGUAUUUCUCCUUGGAUUUCAAUAAAUGAAUCAUUUUUAAGUUA